AUGUCGUAAUUUUAAUUUACUAUUGAAAAUUCAUUAUAAUACCUCCAAGAAUUUCAUGACUUUUAUAAUUUUAUUGAGAUAGAAUCAAAAGACCUAAAUAAAAAUCCAUAUACUUAUCCUGUAAUUUAAUCAUUCUUAUUUAUAAGGUGAUUACAAUAUUUUGUAAACAUAUCAAGAUAGUUUAUAAUUUAGACAUGGUUUUGCAAUAAAUUAAUAGUACAGGUUAAUUUACAUGUUAAGAAUGCAACUAAAGCAUUUCUCAUCCCAAUAGAUUAUAAAAAGAUAUUAGAUGGAAAUUGAAAGAAGAAAUUAAUGAAUAUUUUGAUACAAUCCUUGUAAUUCAUAAUCAUCUCUUUCCUAAGUUUUUAAGAAAUAAAAAAUAUAAAGAUUUAAUAUUGGAAAAUACUGUUCCUGAAAUAAUCAAAAAUUUAAUAGAGACAUAAAAUUCUAUUAAUAUUAAACAAAUACUAGAAUCUUAUGAUAUUCAAAAUCUAAAAUAAAGGGAGAUUAUUUUUAAAGCUAUAUGCUUAUUAGAUUAUGUUUAAGUUAGUUUGCCUGUAAGAUUUAAAGCAUGCCGACAUCCAGAAUGCUAUGAAUUAUCGAGUUUAUUAUUUUACUAGAAGGAGAAUUAACAAGAUUAAUUAAAAUAAUUUGUUUGUAAAUAAAGAAAUUGUAAAAUAAAGGUAGAUAUUUCUACUUAAGAGAAAUUAUUUGAAAAUAUAUAUAUGGAUAAUGAACUAUUAAGAAUAAUAAAAAAAGGUUUACCAAGUAUUCAUAAAUAUAAAUAUAAUACUAUUACUCAUUAAAUUGAAUAAGAUUCCAAAAAGUAAGAUGGAUUGAUUAUCGAUCCAUUUAUUUUUUCAUUAUUUUAAAGGGAAUUUGGAUUAUAAUUUUCGGUUUUAGACUCUUAAUUUUUAGAAUAUUAAAGAAAUAUUACUUAACAUUCUUAUUAUGUAUUACAGUAAGUUCCUGAUAAAAAAAUACAAUUAAAACUAAAGUUGAAUAAGUACAGAACAUUUUAAUUGAGAAUAAUAGAUUAAAUAAUAGAAUAACCUUCUAGAUGUAUUAAUUGUAAUAUUUCUAAUGUUAUGGAUUUAAAAUCUAUUAUUUCUAAUUUUUAUUUACAAAAAAAAAAAUAAUAGAGAGAGAGGACUUUAAAAUGUCCACUUUGCUAAUAUGAAUAUAUGAUUAAUGCAACUAUUUCUAAUUUAACAUAUUUUGAUUAAAAUUUGUUUAAUGCUUUUGAACAAGGUAUUUUAAUUCAAAAAGAGGGUAAUCUUUAUUAUGAUGGAAAAAAAUUAAUGAUAGAAGAGUUUUAAUAAAAAUAAAAACUUGAAAUAGAGGAUUUUAAAUAGAAUAUUAAAGAGAAAUAAAAAAAUUUAAGAUAUACAUUUUCAUAGCUUUUUUGCUCUAGUAAUCCUUAACUUAGAAUUCAGUUUCCUUUGAUUCUUUAAAAAUGCCCUUAAUAGAAAAUUGUUGAAUUUGAAAAUUUUUAUAACAAAAUUACAUAAUUAGAGUAAUAAGAUUAUGAAUAAAAUUGUCUUCGAUUUUGUUCUUGCGAUUAUUGUUAGAAUAAUGCAUUUUCUUUUAAAGAUUUUCCAGAAAAUGUUUAUUUUCAUGAAGCCUUUUAUAAAGCUUUGAUUGAUUUUAGAAAAUCAAAUGUUAAUUAAAAUAUCUAACAAUUCACAUAUGAUUUUGAGCGAAAUAUAGUUAUCGAAGAAUAACAAAUUGUGCCAUAAUAAUAAUAAAACUUUUUUAUUAAAAGAUCCUUAUUUAAAUAGGGUUUUGUGAGUCUUUUAGAUGAUGAAUAAUAUUAAAAGAGAUUUGAAAAAAAAUUGGUGGAUAAUUAGUACUAUUUUUAAAUUAGUCAGAAUAAAUUAAAUACUCCAUUUGGAACUUUAAUUAAUAAUAAAGAAGGGUUCUAUUGUGAGGAAAACAAAAAAUUAAGUUAAUAGAUUUAAUAAAAUCAGGAAAAAAAUGAUUGGGGAUUUCAAAUAAAGAAGACUGAAACCAAAAUAAAAACAAAAUCAGAUGGAAUAGUAAAAGGAAAAAUAAGCUUAGAUUGGAAGUGAUUCAUAAUUUGG